UCACGACAACCACUUAUUCCCGGAAACCACUAGCCGUCGGUCUACUUCCAUGUAGGAAGAUUGGGGUAAAGGAGCUGAGGGGAACCGAGGGGAGCCGAGGUGAUGACCUAUGAAGCCCAAGAUGGUUCACCGGUUCCGAGUGUCGGUGACGACUUCUUCUUCUUCUUCUUCGCGGUUCAUUGUUUCUCGCAGUUGAUAUUUGGAGAAAUCUCAGCUAUCCUUGCCUUUUCCAGAUUCUAUCCAGCCAUUAUAUACAGAAAUAACCACGUUUCAAUCAGUAUACAAACAUGAGCGCAGCUAUUCGUGUUGUGCCCAGUAGGGCAGCCAGAGCAGUCAACUUGCUCAAGACAGUUCAAUACACCCAUCCUCCAUCAUGUCCAUGCCACUCCAACCCAGGCUAUCACCAAAACCAGACCCGGUCAACCGUGUCCCGAUACAACGACAGGACCUCCCGGCGUAACUAUGCCACUCCUCAAGACACCUCCCAACUGAAGGAGUACGCCUUUGAAAUGGCUGCCUCCUCCAUCCGCUUUGGCCCUGGCGUCACGCAAGAAGUCGGCAUGGACAUUGCCAACCUCAACCCCACCGGCACCGUCGCCGUUAUCACCGACUCAACCGUCGAGAAGCUCGACGCCAUGCGCCAAGUCCGCGAGUCUCUCGACCGGGAAGGCAUCAAGUACAAGAUCUUUAAUAAAGUCAAAGUCGAACCAAAGGACUACUCCGUCAAGGAAGCCAUCUAUUGGGCCCGUACCACGGGCGACUACUCCGUCUACCUGGCCGUCGGCGGCGGCUCCGUCAUCGACACCGCCAAGCUUAUGAACCUAUACUCGGUCUACAAGGACGCCGACUUCAUGGACUUUGUCAAUGCCCCCUUAGGUAAGGGGCGUCCAGUGGACCGGAAACUCCACCCGCUUAUCGCCGUCCCAACUACGGCGGGCACAGGCAGUGAGACCACCGGCACGGCCAUUUUUGACUUGGUAGCCAAGAAAUCCAAGACGGGUAUCGCCCACCGCAACCUCAAGCCCUACCUGGGAAUAUGUGACCCACUGAACACGCGGACGAUGCCGAGUGCCGUGAAGGCUAGUUCGGGGUUGGAUGUACUUUGUCAUGCGCUGGAAAGUUACACGGCUAUUCCAUUCAACGAGCGGACGCCGAGACCAACGAACCCGAUUCUCAGACCGGCGUAUCAGGGCGCUAAUCCCAUUAGUGAUAUUUUCUCACUAAACGCGCUGAGGCAGACGGUCAAGUAUCUACCUAGGAGCGUAAAGGACCCGGAGGAUGUUGAGGCACAGACCGAGAUGUUGCUGGCGGCAACGCUGGCAGGUGUGGGAUUUGGUAAUGCUGGUGUGCAUUUGUGUCACGGCAUGUCCUACCCCAUCUCCUCCCAAAACAUUGCCUCCUACAAACACGCCGGCUACGACGUACCACACCCCAUCAUCCCACACGGUGUCUCCGUGGCCGUGACGGCGCCCGCGGUCUUCAAGUUUACAGCUGCUUCAAAUCCGGACAGACAUCUUGCUGCCGCCGAAGCCUUUGGGGUGGAUAUCUCCAACGUCAAGCGCGAGAGCGCUGGCGAGGUUUUGGCAGAAGCCAUCGCCAAGUUCCUGGCUGACUUGGGAGAUCAACCCGCUGGACUGAAGGCUUUGGGCUUCGGAAGGGAACAUGUCGAGCAGCUGGUCGAGGGAACGAUUCCCCAGGCAAGAGUGUUGAUGUUGGCCCCAGGACUGGCGAAGGAGUUGCAGGCAGAGAGGGAGCAGUUGGGACGGUUGUUUGAGGAUGCGUUGGAACAUUAAACAUGGGUGUCUGGUGAGGCAGAGGUGAUGCCUACAUCUAUGGAUAAUGGAGGCUGGUUUGGGUUGGGUUGAUAUAUCGGGGUUACGUUGUUAGGUUGAGGUAUGCUGGUAGAUGCAGACUGCAUGAAUCGAUGCAGAUAUCUGCAACAACGAUGAGUUGGGGAGAAAAGGGGGAUCUCGCUUGUCUGAGCCAACCUACCUACUUGUCUUUUCCUUCUUUUCACUUCCUCCUCCUCCUCUUCGUCUUCAUCGCAUCAUCCCCUCGACAGCAUUGCCCGUGAUCAAGUUCAAAUCAUGGACAGCACCUGAACGAUACAAGAGAUGAUCUUGAACGAACAACUCUUCUAAACUUCUUUCCUCCCUCCUAAACUCUUUGC